UGUCAAAACGUGCACAAACGAAACGACUGUCAUUCCGCAUUGGCGUACACUUUGCACUUUCAUUUCUUCGGCUUUAUCUUUUGCCAAACCGACUGGCAGUUGAUCAAAUUGUGCGCGAUAACCGGUCCUCCCUUUCUCGCUAUUGAGUUGGGUCUAGAUGCAUACCUAAACUGGGCGCAUCCCUGUUGCCGGACAGAACUGCGUCAGACAGCAGCAAAGGGUAGUAUCUCAAAUCCCCUUCCCAAGCCUGCUGCUUUUGUAGACUCUUUACGCAGAAUCGGGGCAAGUGUUUAA